UGAUAAUAGUAAUAUUAUAUUAUUUAAAAUGAUACACAAAAUUACGCAAAUCUUAUGGGUCUCUAAUCCCUAUUUUUUGAUUCGUUGAUAUUUUGAGAUUAUCGACGAUUUCCCUGAUGACCGCCGUCCGACGGCGAUCCUUUGGUGGGAGUCAAAAAUGAGGUAUUUAUUACACUACAGCAACACACGUCCAGACGGCAGACACAGCAUAUCGGCCAUCCACCCAUAACUGGCGACUGCAGAGUGCACAUCACCAUUGUCCAUUGUUCAUUCUUCAGAUCGCGGUCCGCAUGGUAGGUCGUUUGUUCUCUCCAAGAGGAUCGGACGUAAUUUUAUAAUAUUAUAAAUUACUAAUUGAAUUUUUUUGGUGAAGUUUGUUCAUACAGCGAGUAUAUUUUUUGUAUCAAGACAUCAAGUACUUAUUUACUCGUUCUGACGACAUCGUCGCCUUGUCAACUAUUUACCUAUAUUAUUCGUGUUGUGAACUUAAUUAAAAUUAUACAAAACUAAAAUGGAAUCCUUAAUACAAAUUAUUAAUAAACUACAAGACGUUUUUGCUGUGAUCGGUGAACAUAAAAUCGAUUUACCGCAGAUAGUUGUCGUUGGAUCACAGAGUUCGGGUAAAAGCUCUGUCCUGGAGAGUCUAGUUGGAAGAUCGUUUUUACCUCGAGGUACAGGUAUUGUAACUCGUGCUCCUUUGAUUUUACAAAUGAUUAGGUAUUCAAAACAUGACAAAGAAAAUAUGAUAAAAUCAACAAAAAAUAAAAAUAUUCAAUGUUGGGCAACUUUUCUUCAUAAACCUGGAACAAUUUAUGACAAUUUUGAUGAAGUAAGACACGAAAUUGAAAAACAAACAGAUGUCUUGGCCGGUUCCAAUAAAGGAAUAACACAUGAACCCAUAGUUUUAAAAGUUUUUACACUUUCUUACGACCUUACAUUUGUUGAUCUCCCUGGCAUAACUAAAGUCCCAGUUGGAGAUCAACCAGAAGACAUUGAUGAACAAAUCCAAGAGUUAAUUUUUAAAUAUGUUGAACAAGAAAAUGCUAUUAUUUUAGCUGUUGUAACAGCAAAUACUGAUCCAACUACAUCAGAAAGUUUAAAAAUAGCUAGGAAAAUGGAUCCUAAUGGCAUUAGAACAAUUGCAGUAGUUACAAAAUUAGAUUUAAUAGAUAAGGGUACAAUACAAGAUACUACUGAAUUACUCUGUGGUCAUAAAAUACCAGUAAAACUUGGUAUUAUUGGCGUUGUAAACCGAAGUCAAAAAGACAUUAAUGACAAUAAAUCGAUGCAAGAAACUUUAAAAAGUGAAAAGGAGUUUUUAAGGUUAAAUUAUCCUGACAUAUAUAAAAAGCACGGUAACAAAGUCCUUGCAAAAACACUUCAAGACAUACUUGUUAAACAUAUUAAAAAAACGUACCCAGUUUUGCACAAAAAUUUACAAGAUACCAAACUUAGAUUGGAAAAUGAAUUAGCAACAUUGCAAACACCAGACAGCAAGGUGUCUUUUAUAUUAACUUUAUUGAAAAAUAUAUCAAAAUCGUAUUGCGAUACAAUUUUAGGAAAUAGAAAAGAUAUUUCUGAUAAAAUAGUUAUUGGUGGUGCACGAAUUUCAGAAAUUAUCAAUGAAGAAUACAUAGAUAAAAUUAAUCAAAUUAAUCCGCUUUAUGAUUUAUCCGAUGAACAGAUAGGAAUUAUUUUAUUAAACGCUUCUGGGAUCACAAAAAGUUCUUUUGUGAAUGAAAAAGCUUUGGAACAUAUGAUUUUUAGACAAUUAAAUAACAUUAUUGAACCAUCAAUGUCAAGUGUUGACUUUGUACGUGUUGAGAUGUUAAAGAUAUUUGAUUCAAUCGAUGAAAAUAUUUUGGAAACAUUAAAAAGAUUUCCACGGAUAAAUUCUGAUGUAAGGAAUGUUCUUAACAAAAUGUUGGAUGAAAAAUUAAAUGAUUUAAAAAUUUUUAUAAAGUCGUUUAUUGAGACCUACCAAACAUGUUUAAAUACGACAAAUCCAAAUUUUUUAUUCCAAUUGGUUCGAUCAUCUACUGAAAUGCAGGAUGAAAAUAUUUCAGCAUUUAUGAACAACACAGGUAAAAGUAUAGAUGACCACAAAUUUGUAAUUUCAGAAGAUAACGAAAAAGAAGAAAGCGAGAAAAAAAUACAACUAUUUAAACAAAUGUUAUCCGGUUUAAAUGAUUUAGAUAAAAACAUCGAAACAUCUAAGCAAGUUAAAAUUCAUAAAUGUUUAACACAAUGUUAUUUCGAGUUUAUUCGUGAGAUAAUUAGGGAUUUUGUGCCCAAACGAAUACACCAUAAAAUGGUAAAAUUAGUUUUGGAUAAUUUUGAACAGGAAUUAGAUGAUAAAGUUUUUACACCAUAUGUAAUAAAUCGAUCGUUCGAAGAAGUAAUGACUGAAGAAGAGGGUGUAAUAGAUGAACGCCAAAGAGUUGAAAAUAUGUUGAAUGCAGUUAAUAUAGCUUUAAAAAAUAUGAUAGAUAUACAGUGUUUCUGAAUAAAAAGUUAAUAUCAAAAGUAAUUGUUUUAACAUUGUUUUAUAUGUUUUAACAAAAUAUUUAAAAGCAAAAUUAUUAAAUUAAUUGAUAAAUAUUCAAUAGCUUAACUUAUAUUAAAUUAUAUUAUUAUUUUUAAAAAAAGAUUAAAAGAAAACAACUUUUACUGGUUCAUCACUAUUAAAUUUAUUUAACUCAUAUUUAGUAGUUUGCUUUAAAAUAAAUUAUCUCUAUUUUUAUUAUUUUAAAAAUUUAAAGUUAUUUCAUUAGUAAUAGUAACUAAUGCACAGUAUUAAGUUUUUUUUGAUCAAAUAUCUUAUAUUGACAUAUUCAAUAGUUUUGUUCUGAUAUAAUUUAAAUUUAAGUCAAAGGAAACUAUAAUGAGUUCUUAGUUUACUUAUUUAAGAAUAAAGGAUAAUGUAGUUAAUAAUUUUUGUAUUUCAUUAUUAUUUAUUCAUAAUUUAUACCUAAGCUGAUGAUUUACAAAAAUAGUUUAAUGGUUUAAGUUAGUUACCUGGAACUUGUUUUUAAAACUGAGUGAUAACUAUCAUAAGGAGAAUCUGUUUAUAACAAAUAAUUAUGUAUUUUGUAUGUUUUUUUAAUGAUACAUUUAAAAAUACAAUUAUACAUUCUCAAUAUUUCAUGUUUCAAGAGCUCUAAAAGUUUAUCUUAUUCAAUUUGAUGUAUUACCUACUAUUAUGAUUAAAAUUUUUUUUAAAAAAAUGUA